GUUUUUUGAGACGGAGUCUCGCUCUGUCUCCCAGGCUGGAGUGCAGUGGCGCCAUCUCGGCUCACUGCAAGCUCCGCCUUCUGGGUUCAUGCCAUUCUCCUGCCUCAGUCUCCCCAAUAGCUGAGACUACACGCGCCCGCCGCCACGCCCGGCUAAUUUUGUUUUUGUAAUUUUAGUAGAGACGGGAUUUCACAGUGUGAGCCAGGAUGGUCUCGAUCUCCUGACCUCGUGAUCCGCCCGCCUCGGCCUCCCAAAAGUGCUGGGACUACACGCGUGAAUAUUUUUUAAAAAGCAAUUUCAUGUACAUUUUCUCAAGCACCACUCAAGCUGCCUGUCCACAGGGCAGACAACCUCUCCUUUAGUCUUUCUCUUGAAUAUGCUCUUCAAUUCAUUAAUCUCUAUUCAUGAGUAUAACAAUAUUGGAUAAAUUGGACAGAGCAGCACUUGUUCCUGGCUUUGCAGACUAGAGAUGCUUCUAUUCCCUGUUGGCACACUCAGGAUGAGGGCUAAGGGCAGCCCAAGAAUUCAGCCUCUCUCUCUAAAUGUCAACUGUUUUCAAGUAACGACAGGUCAGGGGUCCCAUCUGUUCAUUCUCCUCCACAGUGGCCCACAAUAUCCGUCAGGUGUUUAUGUAUCCAAAGAGAAGGCUACUCACUCCAUCUGGUAAACCAACAUACUCAUGAUGUAGUGGAAAGAGUCCCGGAGUAGCACAGGGGGCUGCCUCAAUACACACUUACUGAGCGUCUAACAGUGAAUGAGUCAAGUCCUUCGUAGGCACUGGCAAGGGGAAGAUGACCAAUACAAACGGCUGAACCUUGCUUUCAAGGCCUUCAUAAAGCACUAGAGAUGACAAACACGGUCCGAUACAAAGGGUCAGGUUCAGGACUCCAGUCAUUAUUAUCAAAGAGCCACGGGAAUACAAAGGAAGGAUUACUAGCGGGGGAAGUUCCUGGAGGGCAUCACAAAGAGACCUCUGAGCUGGAUCCGGAAGGACAGAUGAGUUUAAGCUGAAAGUGGGGUCGGUCGUUCCCGCUGGCGGGAACCGAAGGAGCCAAGGCAGCUUUGGGGCGGAGACCAGGUGGCACCCGCGGCGCUGCAAGGACACACAAGCUGUUGCAAGAGGGUCAACCUCUCCGGGCCUUGGCUCAGAAACCUGGGACGAUUACACCCUAAAAGCGCUUGGAAAAACUGCAAAACUCGUACUGCUUUUCGCCAAAGCUACUACCGUGCCGUGAGGGCAGGAAGUCCUGCGAGGCGUCUGCGAGGAAGCAAACGCCGCGAAGCGAGUCCUCCACGCCUCCAUCCCCGGCAUAGUGAAGUGUAGACUCUGGCCCACAGCCGAAAGGAAAGACCCGGGUCGGGGAGGGCCCCUCCAGGGGCGGGCUCAGCCGGAGUCUGGCCGAGCUGCGCGCGGCCACAGUGGUUCCGCGGCCUCGCGCUGAGUGCCUCCCGCCGUCUCCCACUGCAGCCCCCUCCGCCCCUCCGCAAGGCCCGGCGCCUCCCGCCACCUCCUCGGUCGCUGCGGCCGCUCCAGCUCCUCACAGCCGCUAAACCCAGGCCUAUCCCGCGGUCGGUUCUCUUCGGCCCUCUUCGCCGUGACGAAUCGGCGCCCGGCUAGGAAAGUAUCCAAAUUCGGAGAGUUUUGAGGAACCAAUGGGGCCUGAAAAAAAUCCCAGAGUGUGCUAAGCAUCACCGCAUCCUCACUAGAAGGUUUAUUUUUUCCAAAGAGGGUCGGGUGGGGCCCGGAAAAAAAAAAAAUUAAGAAGAGUGUGGAAAGUGCGAGUGCGGAAGCUCCGGACGCGAGGGGCGGGGCGUGCGCGGGACAAAGGGAAGCGAAGCCGGAGCUGCGGGCGCUUUUUCUGCCCGCGGUGUCUCAGAUUCAUUCUUAAGGAACUGAGAACUUAAUCUUCCAAAAUGUCAAGCAUCCUCUGGUAUUACGAUUCCAAAACCCCCAAAGCCACCAGAUAAGCCGCUGAUGCCCUACAUGAGGUACAGCAGAAAGGUCUGGGACCAAGUAAAGGCUUCCAACCCUGACCUAAAGUUGUGGGAGAUUGGCAAGAUUAUUGGUGGCAUGUGGCGAGAUCUCACUGAUGAAGAAAAACAAGAAUAUUUAAACGAAUACGAAGCAGAAAAGAUAGAGUACAAUGAAUCUAUGAAGGCCUAUCAUAAUUCCCCCGCGUACCUUGCUUACAUAAAUGCAAAAAGUCGUGCAGAAGCUGCUUUAGAGGAAGAAAGUCGACAGAGACAGUCUCGCAUGGAGAAAGGGGAACCGUACAUGAGCAUUCAGCCGGCUGAAGAUCCAGAUGAUUAUGAUGAUGGCUUUUCAAUGAAGCAUACAGCCACCGCCCGUUUCCAGAGAAACCACCGCCUCAUCAGUGAAAUUCUUAGUGAGAGUGUGGUGCCAGACGUUCGGUCAGUUGUCACAACAGCUAGAAUGCAGGUCCUCAAACGGCAGGUCCAGUCCUUAAUGGUUCAUCAGCGAAAACUAGAAGCUGAACUUCUUCAAAUAGAGGAACGACACCAGGAGAAGAAGAGGAAAUUCCUGGAAAGCACAGAUUCAUUUAACAAUGAACUUAAAAGGUUGUGCGGUCUGAAAGUAGAAGUGGAUAUGGAGAAAAUUGCAGCUGAGAUUGCACAGGCAGAGGAACAGGCCCGCAAAAGGCAGGAGGAAAGGGAGAAGGAGGCCGCAGAGCAAGCUGAGCGCAGUCAGAGCAGCAUCGUUCCUGAGGAAGAACAAGCAGCCAACAAAGGCGAGGAGAAGAAAGACGAUGAGAACAUUCCAAUGGAGACAGAGGAGACACACCUUGAAGAAACGACAGAGAGCCAACAGAACGGUGAAGAAGGCACGUCUACUCCUGAGGACAAGGAGAGUGGGCAGGAGGGGGUCGACAGUAUGGCAGAGGAAGGAACCAGUGAUAGUAACACUGGCUCGGAGAGCAACAGUGCAACAGUGGAGGAGCCACCAACAGAUCCCAUACCAGAAGAUGAGAAAAAAGAGUAAAUGUUGCCUUGUUUUAUGUGUUCUAAAUACUUUUUUAAAUGAAAAAAUGUUUUUUGGUUUUAAUGGUGUUAUGUGGUUUGUGUAUUAAUUUUUUUCUUGUCCAUAUCACACCACCAAAGGCUUUUGGACCAUUUAGCAUCAUGAGCCUAAUGGCACAGUCAGUCACCUUUCUUAAGUGUUGUGAAGAUGGCUCUUUUCUUUGGAUCUUGUUUCUAGCCCUCAACUGCUGAAAGCCUCAGAAUUUAGGUUAAUUGAGAAAACACCCACCUCUUUUAGAGAAUUAUCCUUUGAUGCUGCAGAAUCUACUCUUACAAUGCCUUCCUACAGCUCACUGGGGUGCUUACCAAAGCCAUAGCUUUAAACUUUCCCAAUCCCCAUCAACAGCUUCCUGAAAGUUUCCUCUCUUGUUUACUUCUGCAAAGGGUAGCUUCUUAAAAACGUGAUCAUGUAUGAGUAAGUAUUUGUUCACUUACCCUUUUUUACUUUUAAUCAAUGUCAGAUACCAAGAGUUGUGUUAAGAAGUUGAGUGUAGCUGCAACUACGCGUGGAUCUUACUGAUCCAGAAAUAGUCCCCAUAGUUAGAGUAGUUACUUAUGAAAUGGUCAUUAAAGUGAACACAGCACAUAUACAUUAUCUGUACUGCUUUUUGUUAUGAUUAAUAUUGGGUAUGUUCUGGUAAAUCCAUCCUUAUUGUAUAGAAAGAAAAUUACUUUUUUACCAGGUUUUCCAAAGACAGAAUAGAUCACAAAGCUCAAGGAAUUUAAUAUUCUUGUAAUGGACUAGAUAAUUCAAACUGAUUAGCCCAUUUCUGAAGAAAAACAGCUGGGAAUUAAGUUAAUCCACUUGAAAUUGUUUUACAAUAAUCAGAACAUUCAAAACCUCAAGGCUCGGGAUCCCAUAGAUCAGAGCCCACCUUUUUGAUAAACUCUUAAAGUCUUGGAGACUAGAAGCAAGAUAGUUUGUGACACAUAUGCUUCCCAAAAACUAGAAUAGAUUUUUACUGAAUAGUGGUAUAUCUGAUGGUAUAUGUUUCUUAAAGGUCCAAAUGUAAUAAAAAAAAAAAAAAAUGAAGAAAAAGGUCUCAGUGUUUUUAAUGCACUACGUAGUUGUAUGCAAGACAGGCAUCCAGUUUUUUUCUGUAAUGCAGUGACAGUGUGGAAUGACCACUCAGCCAUUAUGAAUUUGUGUACUCAGGGCCCUUGUCUCACCCAACUGUCUCGAUAAACUGCUGCAAUAGUUUAUUUGUACAAGACACUUGUGAAAAUCACUUUUCUUACAUUAUAGUCAAUGUCACAUAUGGAAGUUGGUCUUUGACUCCAAAAGUAAAGGGAAUAUGAAAAAAUCUGUAACGUUUGAACUAUCUUUGAAAAAAUGGCUAUGUAAUAAAUGUAAGUCCUGUGCUUAUAUGGAGAGAA